AUGGGCAAACCGUCGGAGAACACGAUCGACUAUUACAUACAACCGAACAAGAUCUUAUGUAGCAUAUAUGGACUGUGGCCUACCGAUGAAGAACGCACAACGAGCAAGCAGGUGCUGGCGGUCGUGCAUUUGGUGAUCUCAGUGAUUAUUGUGUGUUCCGUUUUCGUGCCUGAGGUUAUAAUAUUAACUACCAAGUGGCGUGAUCUUUCUAUUCUAGCAGGUGCAGGAACCUUGACACUGACAAUGACGCAGUUUCUGUUCAAAACAAUCUAUCUCACGACGAAGAGGGACACCGCACACAGACUAUUGGUAGAACUGAGAAGCCUAUGGGUCACGACUGACGAUCCCGUAGAAAGGCAAUCGUACGAAGUGUUCGCUUACUGGGGACGGAUUUCUACCAUAGGCUUCUUCAUGUCGGCUGUCGGGUCCACGUCUCUGUUUCUGGUCACUGCGACAUUGGAUUGCUUUGAGGACGUGGAGAAUAGCAACAGAACCAAUCGACAUUUACCAUAUGACGUCUGGCAAGAACUCGACUUUCUGAAAUCGCCCGAGUUCGAGGUGAUAUACGCCUGCCAAAUAUUAGCGACAUUAAAUGCCUGCUGCGCAGUGUGCGGCAUGGACGGAAUGUGCUGGACCACGAUCUUGUACCUGUCCGGUCAAUUCAGAUUAAUCACCACCUGGUUAAAUAACAUCGGUGUCGAAAUGAAUUACAAGCCCCAUCCAAAAGAUUGUUCAGUGAAAGUAGCAGCAGACUUAGUCAAAUGCAUUCGUCAUCAUCAGCGACUAUCAAAGGUAGUAAAGGACGUUAACAGUUUACUGAUACCAAUUAUUUUCAUACAACUUCUCACGAGUGGCGUACAAAUUUGUUUAAGCGGUUUCGCGGUGCUCAGCAAUAACGGUGGAGACAAUCUCUUAAAAUUUUCCUGUUUUUUAUCGUCAGUAUUGGUGCAGCUCGUUAUGUAUUGCUGGCCGGGUGAGAUUUUGAUUCAGGAGAGUCAGGAAGUGGGGUAUGCGGCUUACCUGGGGGUGCCGUGGUAUCAGUUACCGCCGGCUUAUCGCAGACAGUUGAUGCUCAUUAUUCUGAAAUCGCAGGACGGGUGCAGCAUAUCGGCGUUGACGUUCAAGUCGUUGGGCUGCCACACUUUGACAAGUGUAUUCAACACAGGCUCCUCCUAUUUCGCCCUGUUACGAAAGAUGCAAGACACAUCCUCGUGA